UCAAACUGUUUAAUCAUUACCAGAAAGCAAAUUUUAAUUAAUUAAGCUUGAUUUACUCUCUCCUAAUGGCGUCCACAGCCCACUUUGGUCUUACAAUCUCCAUAAUCUUAGCCCUUCUAGUUUGUUCUGCCAAUGCUCAACUUUCUUCAAACUUCUAUGCAACCAGCUGCCCAAAUGUUCAAACCAUUGUUCGCAACGCGUUGAGGCAAGCCAUUGCUAGAGAUUCUCGACUUCCUGCCUCUAUUCUUCGCUUGUUCUUUCACGAUUGCUUUGUCCAAGGUUGCGAUGCAUCGUUACUACUUGACGACACAAGCAGUUUCACUGGCGAAAAGACAGCAGUGCCAAACCUGUCAACCAGGGGCUUCGAAGCCAUCGACACCAUUAAAACUCAGGUGGAAGCCGCCUGCAACGCCACCGUUUCCUGUGCUGACAUCCUGGCUCUUGCAGCUCGAGAUGGAGUAGUCUUGCAAGGAGGACCUACAUGGACAGUGCCACUGGGCCGAAGAGAUUCAAGAACAGCCAACCUCAACGCCGCCAAUUCUCAAAUCCCCUCACCAUUCGCCUCCCUCUCAACUCUCAUUUCCCAGUUCUCUGCCAAAGGCCUAAGCGCCCGCGACAUGACUGCGCUCUCCGGCGCUCACACGCUCGGCUUUUCACGCUGUGUCGCAUUCCGUAGUCGCAUAUACAACGAAACCAAUAUCAACCCAACGUUCGCUGCAACUAGAAGAGCCAACUGCCCGGCUUCUGGCGGUGAUAACAAUCUGUCACCUCUUGACGGGACCCCGGCCCGGUUCGAUCUUAACUAUUACCAAAGCCUGGUGAGCCAACGUGGGCUGCUUCACUCUGACCAGGAGCUCUUCAAUGGCGGAUCCCAGGAUGCGCUUGUGAGGACUUACAGUACUAAUCGUGCGACAUUUUUUAGUGACUUCGCUGCUGCUAUGGUGAGAAUGGGCAAUAUUAGUCCUCUCACCGGGACUAAUGGGGAGAUCAGAAGGAACUGCAGAGUGGUCAACUGAUUUAGCUUGUGGAUUGAUGGAGAUAUAUUACAAAGUGUUAUGAAUGAAUAAUUUUUCUGUACUGAAAAGAGAUCUCUCGUCAAGACUCAAGAGAGACUCUUUUGUUUCAUAUAAUAUUCUUGCUUGUAUCAAAGACUAUGCAUGAUUUAAGUGUUUAAUUAUAAGUUUUUUUGUCAUUUAAAA